AAGCUGAAGGUCCCUCAGGCCCUACCCAAGGUCAGCAUCAAGGUCUCUCCCAAGGACACUGAGAUGAAAGCAGCAGAAGAGCCAACCUUGAAUCUUGGGCAGACCCUGGAGUGGCUGAGAAAGGAGCUGGCUGAGAUGCAGGUCCAAGACCAGAGACUCCUGCUCACGCUGAGGCACCUUCACAGUGUCCUGGAGGAGCUGCGUGCAGAGAAUGCCCACUGGGAGGAGGCCAGGUCCAGCGGAGGGAUGUCCCCCAUCAGAGCGCGCGCAGGCUCUGAAGGCAGGGGCCGCCAGCUCAGCUCCUCCAGGGAGCUGGCCCAGCUCCUCCAAGGGGCAGACAGCAGACGAAGCUCCCUCCCUUAA